UCGGCGCGCACGAGUCAGUGCGCCUGCGUAUCAAACCGGCCCUUCCCCGGGAGAAGGUGGAGGAGUGCGCCUGCGCGCUGUUGUUCCGUGGUCCCUUCCUCUCUUACCUGCGGAGCGCGGCCGUUGUGGCGAACGGCAGGUCAGUGAAGUGAACGGCAAAGAUGCCGCUGGGUCUGAAAGCCAGGAGGAAGAACAAGUCGCGGGACAGCUCCACCUUGGUGGAUAACGAGGGGGGUACGGCGUGGAGGGGCGGCAGUGCCGGCGCUGUUUCCCCCGGUGUUGGUGGACCGGGGCUCCCCGCGCCGCCGCCCCAUGCCCGGCCCAAGCUGGUCUUCCACACGCAGCUGGCGCACGGCAGCCCCACCGGCCGCAUCGAGGGCUUCUCUAAUGUCCGCGAGCUCUACGCCAAGAUCGGCGAGGUGUUCGGUAUCCCCGCCUCUGAGAUUCUUUUCUGCACAUUGAAUACGCACAGAAUUGACAUGGAAAAACUUCUUGGAGGACAAAUAGGCCUGGAAGAUUUUAUUUUUGCGCACACAAAGGGCCUGAAGAAAGAAGUGGAUGUGUUUAAAGCAGAGGAUGCUCUGGGAUUAACUAUAACUGACAACGGGGCCGGAUUUGCUUUUAUAAAACGCAUUAAAGAGAACAGCAUCAUCGACCGAGUCAAAGUAAUCCUUGUCGGUGACCACAUUGAGUCAAUUAAUGGCCAGGGUGUAGUGGGAUGUCGGCAUUAUGAAGUGGCCAAGAUGCUGAAAGAGUUGCCAAAAGGCCAGACAUUCACUUUGAAGCUGGUUGAAACGACAAAAGCAUUUGAAGCGAUUGAACCAAGGUCACGAGGAGCCAGACCUGGUGGUGAAGCCAAGAUUGGCACAGGGAGGGGCACAUUACGAUUACGUUCAAAGGGCCCUGCAACUGUUGAGGAAUUGCCCACUGAAUUUGAAGAGAAGGCCAUCGCUAAAGUUGAUGAUUUAUUGGAAAGUUAUAUGGGUAUAAGGGAUACAGAGCUAGCUGCAACCAUGGUUGAAGUUGGAAAGGACAAGAAAAAUCCCGAUGAAUUUGCAGUGGCUCUGGAUGAAGCUCUUGGAGACUUUGCAUUUCCGGAUGAGUUUGUCUUUGACAUUUGGGGUGCAAUAGGUGAUGCAAAGAAGGGAAGACUUUAGUGCCAACAUUUCUUUAGAGAUCAGAGGACAGUGUUUGAAAACUCUUGGUUCACUGUUCCCUUUUUAAUGUCAAAUGGACAAUUAACUGUGUCGAUUGAAAGUGGAAAGAAUGCAGUUUUAAUUGAAACAAUUCAUUUGCCCUAUAACUGUCAAUUCAUGCUAUUUCAGUCUAAUUUUAAUAAAUGCUUUUGGAUUUCUAAAUUAGAAGAUGAUAAUCAUAAACACAAGGCCAUGGAAAAUACAGCCAAUGGAUGAAGCACUCUUCAUACUACACCACUCUGCCAGCAGUCAUGUCCCCCCCCUCCAAAUGCAGACUUGCCCCAAAUGAUUUGUUGGGGAAAAAGACAUGCUGAGCUGCCUUGAUCAACCCUAGUGCACACUCACUUUUGUUCCAUGAGUAUCGAUUAAUUUUUCAAGUUGCCUUCUCUCUCUCCCUGGUGCCUGCUGGAGAUCAGCAUUUGAUACAAAUAUAAAGGAAGGUGACUGGGAUUAAGAUCAGUUUGUGCUUGCUCUGCCUCUACUCAGUUCACACAGUAAUCAAAGUACUUAUAACCUAAUUGCCCAUUUACCAAUGACGCCGGUGAAGUGUAAUGUGAGCAGGAUACAAUUCAAGUAAGAAAUUACAGCUAUAGAUGUAUUCAAAACUAAGCUUGUGUUAAAGGCAGCAUGUGAGAUUUAUGGAACUCUGGCUUGUUGCUUUUGGUAGCACUCUGAGGUGCAGAAUGAAGGGUACUGUAUACUCAAUUAUAUAACAGCUUCCUAUAAAUAUCCUGAAAGGCUGGCAACAUCAUUGAUUAACCAUAGCUGUAUAAAUUAGACCAAAGAUUUUCUAAAAUAAUAUUUUGCACACUCCAGUUGCUGAAUCGAGUGGGGAUUUUAUAUAAUGUUAAGCAUUUAUGGGUCUAACAUAGUUUGACUCAAAGUAUCAAGAACUGCAAACCAAGAAGUUUUUUUUAUAAUGACUACCUGGGUUUUUUAUGAAAACGUAAAUUUACUCACCGCAGUGUGCCUAAUGCCACAUCACAGUGUUUUAUAACCAAAUUAUUGAUUUUGAUCUUUGCAUGAAAUGUGGUACUAGAACUACCAUCUGAUGAGAAUUUUGUUAGGGUUUCUGUUCACAUAUCGAUCCAAUACUUUCUACUUUGAGUUCAUUUAAUCUGUAAAUGCCCAUUGCUUGUUGAUUUAUAUGAAUGCAGCUGCAAAUGUACUGAAAUCACUUAGCUUUUCCUUGGACCAAUAUCCUCAUCUGCCACAGUUCCUCAGUACCCAAUAUCUGAUUCCUUGGAAACUAUUCUUUAAUCCCAGUGAUGCAGGGAACCUGGGAAAUGAGCCAGAACUUCUUGGGAGUGUCAUUAUUGUAUAACAUUGUUGGUUGACUCAAGCUACAUAAUUAUUUUUCCACACAGGUUUAGAACAUUAUAACUUUUAAUGCAGUAUAUAAUCUGAUAUAAUUGAGAUUGCAUCAUGCUUUGGAUGUCUAUAAUCAUUUAUUUAUUUAAACUUUUUAUUCUGCAUCUUGGUGAAUUUGUUCAAGUUGCUAUAUUUUUCAGUGGUGUAUUGGUGCUUAAUCUAUAUUAUAUCUCUUUAUCCAUCUAAUCAUUUUACUGAAACACUUACCUCAAAAACUGCUACCCUAAAGCAUUUAACCGUAGUGUGUUUGGGAGCCUUGCCCUCUCCCAACUGAAGUUUAAAUCAACAUUCCCAAUUAUUUGUUUCUCGAACUGCAAAUAUCAGCAGGUUUUGGUAUUUCAAUUCGGGAUUUAUUGACUAAUAAUGGGAUAGCACAAUAUGUCCUUUCCACCACUGUUCUCCCAUGCCUCUCCCAACCUCCCAAAUAACUUGGCACUUUCCGAAUCCACAUGCUCUCAAAAUUGAAGCAGGACUAACCAGAGUCAAAAAGUAAGAUGGCUUGACCUGCUCAAAACCUGGUGAUUGCUUAUCAAUCAGUUUGGAUAGCUCUGUUCAAUGGGACCACUUUUUGUUUCCAAUUCAACUAAAUUUCUACUGUACUUGCAUUUCCAGAAGAAAUCAAACUAUUAUAGAAUAACAUAAUCAUCACUUUUCACAAAGGGUGUCACACAGUGGGGGAAAAGACAUUCUGCCAUUAUUGUAUUUCAUAAUGCAACAAUGGAUUACAAUGACUACUUUGUCUAAAGCAAUGCAUGUGUGUGUGAACUACUGAAAAUUAGAAAUUCGAUUUACACUACAUCAGGUGAAAAUGUCUUCUGUAAAGAUUAUUUUCUAUUAAAAAAAUUUAAAUGUC